CGUUUCUCUCGUUGGAUAAGUUUCUCUCAAUGAAGUACUUCGGUGUUAUCUGUGUUCUGGCACUUGGUGUAAAUGCCCAAUUUUUCAAUCCAUUUGGUCACAGACAACAGCAGCAGCAACAACAGCCGAAGAACUAUGAACAAGAGUUCUUAAACAACAAGUGUGAGCGAUAUCUAUGUCCUGAUACUCAGGCUUGUGUCAAGACAGCAGCGGACUGUCCAUGUCCCUUCCCGAAAUCGCAGUUGAAAUGUGUUUUGCCAAAUACAGAGAAUUUUGUCUGUAUAUCAAAGCCAGCUACACAUGAUAAAGCCUUGAACGCACUGUACGAUGAUCCAGUCAAAGGUCCAAAGGCUAGUGUAGAAGGCCAAAGGGAUUGUGGAUGGGUUAUAAAGGCAUACAAUGGUUUGGUUUGAAUAGCUACAUGUAAUCAUUAAUACAAAUAUUAAUCUCUG